AUGUUCCCGUAUAUACCCGACAUCGAAAAUCAAUUUCCGGUUAAGCUGAGCAUAGAGGACGUCCUCGCUAUACAGAAUCUGUACGGGUCUCACGAUGAUGGAAAUUAUCCAACGAUUCCUACAACCACCAUAGCACCCGCGACGACGACGAGCGUCGCGCCGACCGACCCCGCGCGCGCGGAUCUCUGCGCGUUGCGGCGCAUAGAUGCGGCGUUAAUAAUGAAUCGUCGCUUGUACAUAGCUAAUCGCCGCAACGUAUGGUCGGUCGACAUAACCGAGAGACGCUACGGUAGACCCAUGAAGUUGACGGAUUACGCGACGUUUCUUCCGGCGAAUCUCACGCGCCUGUCCACCGCGUAUCGAAGACCAUCGGGCGAUCUCGCGCUAUUCGUUAACGAUUCGAUCUAUGUCGCGGAAUAUCCCAGUUUUAAGCUAAAACCUGGUUGGCCGAGAUCUCUCCACGAUAUCGGACUUCCCCGAGACGCUAAGAUCAACGCCGCGAUAAACACGCAUACGGGACGAACCUACGCGAUCUACGACGACGACAAAGUAGCGGAGAUCGACGAAUGUCGCAUGAUAGCCGUUAGACACGCUCCGUUGAAAGAUAUAUUUCCAGGAAUACCGCCCGCGAUAACAUCGGCCUACCGACACAUCGACGAUAACCUAUAUUUUUUCGCAAAGCGUCAAUUCUACGCACAAGGUUACGACUGGACGUCGAGACGCGACGUCGCGAUCGGACGAUCGCUUAGAAUCUUGGGAAGAUGCUACCCAUUGACCAAAACGGCGUACAAACAUCUCGAAGUCGGUGUUAACGUCAGCCGACCCUCUUACGUGGAAGUCGUCCUCGGAAAUUGUCACGGCAAAGAGAUCUCGUUUGCGCCGGAUGUGUGGAAGGAACUGCUCGAUCUGCGAUCCAUGCUUACGUCGUACUUUCAGCGCGACGAGCGAGAGGAGAUGCGCCCUCCAGCCCCGAUAUAUAUCGGACAAUUAACGUUGCGAUUCGGCAAACUUAACAAUCUUCGAAUACUCCGUCUCGAAACACCUAAGGAUCGUCUAGUCGCAUCGAGGAGCACCGUGCUAAAUAUAUUAAACUUGGAGCAUUGCAUCAACCGCAUCAUUACAACUUUGAGCGGUUUAACCGGAUACAUCGAUAAUAAGCUAACGCGCUUCCUCGAUAUCGCGGCCGGCGUCCACGAUCGGACGCUUAUUCCGACGGCGAUAUGCGACAGCGAGAACUUCGACUGCAACGAUAUAAUCGAUUGCGAACUGCAGGCUCUGCUCUUCGGAGAAUCCUAA